UUGACAGGGGGGUAGCUUAAAAGACUAAAAAGGGAUAAAACGUACAUCACAUUUGCUUCUUCACAGUUUGAUCAUGAGGCUUGAGGUCGCUCUCCCCCUGGGCUUCUUUGGCCUGUGUCUUAGUCUGGUGCUCCUUGGAGAAGGAAUGGGAGUGAAUAUCCCUGAUCCACCAGCAGUGGAUUGUGUACGGAGCCAAUGGUCAGCGUGGAGUUCCUGUGAUCCCUGCACGAAAACCCAAAGGCGCUCUCGAAGCACAGUAGUGUUUAGCCAGUUUGGUGGCACGGCCUGCGAGGGAUCAGUGGGGGACAAACAGUUCUGUGUACCAGACACUGAAUGUGAAUUGCCUCCACUACCUGAGUGUUCGGACUCAGAGUUCCAGUGUGAGUCAGGUCCUUGCAUCAAGAAGAGAUUAAUGUGCAACGGGGACUAUGACUGUGAAGAUGGAUCAGAUGAGGACUGUGAUCCUGAGCGUAAACCUUGUGGUACGUCAGCCCUUGAGAACAAUGAGCAAGGCAGGACAGCAGGAUAUGGAAUCAACAUCUUGGGUGCAGAUCCUCGAAUGAACCCCUUCAACAACGAUUACUUCAAUGGGCGGUGUGACCGUGUGAGGAAUCCAAACACUGGGCGGCAUGACAGGCUUCCCUGGAAUAUUGGUGUCCUCAACUAUCAGACUCAAGUGGAAGAAACUAUUUCUAGAGAAAUAUAUGAGGACUCACAUACCCUCCUAAGGGAAAUGCUGAGAGAGAUGAGUGUUAAAGUUGACGCUGGACUUUCAUUUAAAUUUAAGCCAAGUGAGCCGUCCAUGGCAAAUGUUUCUCUAAACCUGAAUUUCCAUACUGGAUACGAGAAGACAUCAAUGGUUAAGAACGUUGCAGAGACCACCAAUGUUCAGAACAAGAGCUUUAUGCGGGUGAAGGGCAGAGUACAGCUGAGCACCUACAGGCUGCGCUCCCGUGAGCUCAAAGUGGCAGAUGAAUUCCUCGAGCAUGUCAAAUCUUUGCCUUUGGAGUAUGAGAAGGGUAUUUAUUUCGCCUUCCUGGAGGACUAUGGAACUCACUACACCAAAAAUGGGAAAUCUGGCGGUGAAUAUGAAUUGCUGUAUGUUCUCAAUCAGGACACCAUCAAGGCGAAAAAUCUGACCGAGAGAAAGGUUCAAGAAUGCGUCAAAUUAGGCAUCACAGCAGAUUUUGGUACAACGAGUCUUACUGAUGGAAAAGCACACUACAACCGUGAUGGUUGUGACAAUGUAACAACCAAAGAUCAAGUUGAUGCUCAUGGCAAAGCAUUGGUGGAUAAGGUGUUGACAUCAGUGAAAGGAGGUACCCUAGAAAGUGCUGUUGUUAUGAGAGCUAAAUUAAAUAAAGACGCAGUGAUGGACCUCGAUACCUAUAAGAACUGGGCCAGGACAAUCUCUGAUGCCCCGGCGCUGAUUCAUAGUGAGCCAGAACCCAUCUACAUGUUAAUUCCAGUGCACAUGUCAAAUGCUAACGCAAGGAUAUCCAACCUAAAGCGGGCCACAACAGACUAUGUGGCAGAGUAUAACGUGUGCAAGUGCAAGCCUUGUCAUAACGGAGGCACUCUUACUCUGCUGGAUGGAAAGUGUAUGUGCCUGUGCUCUAGCCUGUUUGAAGGGAUGGCCUGCCAGAAUUAUAAGGGGGACAAAUCUAAAUUUGCAGGUACAAAACCUACUGUCACUCAGGAAGGCAACUGGUCAUGCUGGUCUGCUUGGUCUAACUGUAGUGGAGGGAAACAAACCAGAACACGUGCCUGCAACAGUGACGGGCUCCCUGGAGCUCAGUGCAGAGGAGACACCAGUAGUGAAGAGCACUGCUGAGCACAUAUCCAACCAUUCAGCAAACAUAAUCUCUCUCAUUUUCUCUUUGUCCCUCUCUCUGACAAAGCAACAUGUUCUUUAAAAAAAGGUAAAUAUCAAAGGAUUCAAAUACCUGAUCAAAAUUCUGCUUAGCAUACUUAAUAAGGACAACAGAGCCAUCUUGAGGUCAGAUCAUAAAGUGACAGUUGUUUUGUUUUUUUUAAAUCAUUUGUGAUUUUAAUGUCAAUAGUUUGAGAAUACAGUAUUCAUUGUAAAUAUGUACACAUAAUGGAUUUAGUUGAAAAUAAUAAGCUUAUGUGAAAAUUAAAUGAUCCUUCGUACCCCAACAAAAAA